UGUUCCUAAAAGAGUGUCAGAUCCCGAGGAGCUACCAGGUUGUCUGCGGCACGUUCACUUUGGAAGAACUUCAAAGGCAGGAACGUGAUUACGUAAAGGAUAAGGGGAAAGCCUCGUGCAGCGGUUUAUUCCACUCAAGGAUAUUUUCUUCUCAUCCUAUUUGAAAAACUGACUGAGUCGGAGCUUUUUUUGUGUGUGGAGCUGUUCUCCACUGGAAGGCCAUGUUGCCGGAGGACGGGGUAUAAGGAAAAGACCGGUCCUCAUUUUGUCUCCUGGAGAUGAAUCUGUUCUUCUUAACCGGGUGAAAUGCCUUGACUUCAUCCCCGCCGCACCAUGGCUGCUUUACUCUCCACUGUGGGUUUAGUGGUGAUGCUCGAGGCUCUUACCCAGCAUGCCGUGUUCCUGGGGAUAACCUUGUUGGUAACAGUGAUCACAGCGGGAUCACCUGUUGCAGAUGGGUCUCUUUUGGACUCGCACACUACCCCCAUGGAAUUUCUUGGAGACAAUCCAAGUCCAACAAGAUUAUCUCUAUCAGCCUUACCAGACUCAAGCUAUACUGCCUUUAAGAACCCAGAAUCACCUGUUGACUUGCCAUCCAUUUCUGAACAAAUCCCAGAGGCUGAAACUGCUGACACCAUGCAUUUCCAGCCAAGUGAUGCUCUUGUAAAGGAGCCACAUGUUCAGGCAACCUCAUUAUUAAGCCCCGCUGAACCUGUUCUAGGAUCUAUUCCACAAUUUGAGGAAUCAGCUAUACACUCUACAGACUGGAACGUGUCCAAAGCAAACUCAAACCGUGAGGCAUCAUUUUUCUCUCAAUCUACUACGAAAUCCAAGCAAAUAACCGAGAAUACAUUCAUAACAUCCCCAAGUCCUGCUUUUACAGGUUCAACACCUCAUCAAGGUCUUCAAAAUGAGGAAAGAGCAACUUCUAUKAAAGGACAGGAUGAGAAAGCAGUCAAUCUUUCAAAAUCUGGCCAAGCUCUGCAACCCCCUAUGCUGGCUUUAUCUGAGACUUUGACAAAUGAUUUCCAURGUCAAAGAGUAGAUUCUAGCCACGUGAGCUCUAACCCAAAUGAGGUUAUUAUUCACGGUUACCAUGUGCCUUUURUCGCCUCCCACUCUACUUCAUAUUUACCUGAACCCACUGAGGUGCCUUCAGAGGACUUCUACCCCACUAACACCAUGGACGUGGAYUGGGGGUCUGGAGACUACUUGGAAACAAUGUCUUUCUUCAAUCCAGACAGAGACGAGUAUUCUCUGGUCACCAAAGUGCCCUCAGACCCAUUUGAUCUGGAGGAAGACACAGAAAAGUAUGAUACAUCAUUUCCUUCCAGAGUGGUUAUAUAUCCYACAUCCCUGCAUCCUGAAAACAUCUCACCAUCUCCAAGCCUCAUGACAGCAUUCAACACCAUCGUUUCAUCUAAAUCCAAUAAUCCCUCCUCUGUCUCUACAACAGCUCACUUUAUAACAAAUCCUACUCCCACACCUAAUACUGAUAUAUCUGACCUAUCAGAUGUAGAUUGGGGAGAUACUUUUACAAUUCAACCAACAGAUGUCCUAUUACCUGAUAUGAACAGCUUAGAGUAUUACACCACUCAGUUGACCAAGGAAAGCAAUGUUUCUGAAGCUGUAGCUGAACACAGSGAGAAUAUCACUGAAAUGUUCAUCAACACUACAACUACCAUGCCCACCACAGGGUCCAACAAUAAUCUGACUGAUGAUGAGUCCUUUGAGUUUUCAGGGUUUGUACCUCAUGAUGAAUCAACUACAGUAUCACCCAUAGUGGACGGUCUUCAGCUUAUCAAUGCAUCCGAGACUUUUCUUGAUCCUUCUUUAGCCUCAACCCACUACCUUGAAUCGUCCUCUUUAGCUUGGACUGGCCAAGUGUCCACAAGAACUACAUCAGCAGAGGCUUUGGAGCCUAGUACAACACCUUUGCUGCCAGAGGACUUGAUAUCUUCUGACUCUCUUACCGAUGUCCAUUGGUUUGUUACAGACUCUUUUGAAGAAAGCACUGUGAAUGUUACUACUGUCCUAACUGCAACUAUAGCCUACUCUGCAGUUCCCACUGAAACUGCCACCAACAAAACUGCUGUUACAACUGAAAUAACAUUUCAAGAUUCAUUUGUAACUGAGCAACCUUUCAAUAUUACUUCAGUUUCAAAUGAGUCGACAUCUUACAAUGUCACCCUAGUCCCCUCAGUUAUGUUAGGCGAUCAGGGCAURACUGAAGAUGGAGUUGACGUCUCAGCCACAAUGACCUUGAUCCCAACAAGCAGUGAAGUUAAUACAGUCUCUGCUGGAACCACAAGUCAAGCUGGCACAACUACUCUUCAUCAGGCUACAACUGGAGCUACUUCUGCUGCUGAAACCUCAACUAACAUCAACAUCAUUUCUACUACCAGUGAACAGACAACAACAAGGAUGUACCUCUGCCAAGUGGACAGGCCUGUUUAUUUAACAMAGAUUGGUUUUCCCUCGGGGGUCCCUSUUGGAUAUGCCAAAUCACAAGUUCGAGACAUACUAAAAGCAGAAUUCAACAAGACAGUGGAGCUGCAGGUUGUGAGUCCCCCACCAAAAUUUGUCUUCCGCAUUGUGUCGGGUCCAGUUGUGUACACAGCUAUAUCUGUCGUCAACGCUCUGCAACAAUCUAACCGACGUUUMCUGUAUGUGGCUCCUAAUUGGAUAACACCAGAGCGCAAAUAUCAAAUCCACACAGUGCUGCAGUUUGUUCCUGGCCAUUUAGAUGUGCGUUACUGCAACUUUAGCGAGAGCAUUGAGAAAGGUUUGACUAAAGCCUUUGCAGAAGUGUGCCGGCGCUCAAGGGAGUCAACCAACUUCACAGUUCAUGUUAUAAACAUCACUAUGGCUGCUGCUAAAACUGAGCGACAGCUAGUAAGGCAGCCAGUGGACAUCACCUUUGCUGUCAGUGGUUUAAGGGGAUAUCUGCUGGGGUCAAAGGUCAGCAAUGCUCUGAUAAAACUCACAGUGGUGGAAUUCAGCUUUUACAUUGGUUUUCCUGUGCUGCAGAUUGCAGAGCCGUUUCAUUACCCAGAGCUAAACACCAGUGAUUUGCUUCGCUCCUCCUGGGUUAGAACAGUUCUCCUGGGUGUACUGGACCAGAAGCUGAGUGAAAGGACCUUCCAGCCUAACAUUGAGCGCGGGAUCGCCACGUUACUUGGAGAGGCAGUAGGGCAACUCAGGCGGAUUAAAAGAGCCACAACUGUUGGCAACAGCAGUGUCCAGGUUGUGAGUGCAAUCCGGAUGGAGGGAACGGACAACCCCUUGCAAAUAGUGUAUUUUGUGGAAGGUCAGARUGGUGAAAGGAUGCCUGCCGUUCAAACGGCCAACCUGCUCAACAGCCUGGACGUUCAAAGAGCUGCUAUCAUCUUGGGCUAUCGUGUGCAGGGCGUCUUGGCUCAACCUGUGGAGAAGCUGGCAUCUUCACCCCCUGAGGCAGAGAACACCAACAUGUGGAUCAUCAUUGGGGUGGUGAUUCCCCUUCUGGUGGUCAUCAUCAUCAUUUCCAUCCUCUACUGGAAACUGUGUCGGACAGACAAGCUGGAGUUUCAGCCAGAUGCUAUGACCGUCAUCCAGCAGAGGCAGAAGUUACAGGCUCCCAGUGUGAAGGGCUUUGAUUUCGCCAAGCUCCAUCUUGGCCAGCAGAAUAAAGAUGAUGUCAUGGUGAUCCAGGAGCCCGUUCCGCCAGGGUCUGGCUCAGGUCCCCUCCCCACGUCUGUCAAAGAUGGUUUCAGUCCAUCCGAAGCUGGGGAGGCCCCCACGCCCAAAUCCAAAACGUCAGCCUCCUCCACCAAGGCAUCUCGUGGCAGUCGAAGGAAAGAAAGGAUCUCCCCGUCAGACGGUGACUCCGUGGUGAGUGACCAUUCUAGUGAGCGGGAAUCGACCGAGGAAAACCUGAGAGUCCACGCCACGCCCAGCGACAACAAGCAGACCCGUAAAGUCCCCAUCAAUGUUUUAAAUGGUCCUCCACCCAUGAACGGUUCUGUAAACGAUCAGCUGUCCUCGGCCGCCAUCUUUGAACACGUCGAUCGGAUGUCUCGUGCCACGGAUGCGAGCCGUAGACUCCCUAAUAAAGUCCAGCUAAUCGCCAUGCAGCCCAUGCCCAUCCCACCGCUUCACAGCCCACCCAUUGCUGACAAACUGUCAGACACAAACCAAAUCAACAAAGAGAUCCAGGCAGCACUGAGGCACAAGUCAGAGAUUGAGCACCAUCGUAAUAAAAUUCGCCUUCGUGCCAAGAGGAAGGGCCACUAUGAUUUUCCUGCAAUGGAUGACGUGAUUAGUGGCCUCGCUGAUCCAAAAGACCAGGAUCGCAUCUACCAGAAAGCACAGAGUCAAAUUGAUAAGAUCCUGGACCCGGACGCACAGGUGCCCCCUAUCUUCAUGGAAUCCAAGAAAAGCGGUCGUGGGAGGCGCUCUCCGAAACAGAGACUGAGAGAUCAGCUGAACGGAGGCAUGAUGGAAGCAGACAAAGACCACCUCAUCAGUGAAGACAGCGACGCCGCUUACAAAAAGUACCCCGGAGUCAACAAUGUGGCCUACGUGUCGGACCCUGACCAAGGCCCAGGAUCCCCUCAGAGGAGCCCUUCCCCCACCGACGACGUCUUCCUGGGUCCUGCUUCCUCUCCUCCAGGCCAUGCCCCUCCCCCACCCCCCUACAUGCCUCCACAGCCCUCCAUUGAGGAGGCGCGGCAACAGAUGCACUCCCUGCUGGACGAUGCCUUCGCCCUCGUGUCGCCCACCUCUCAGAGCAGCACAGCGGGGAUCACUCUACCGGGGGUCAGCGGUCAUCUGCAGGGCUCCAGCCCUCCAGGACAUGGCCCCAAAGCAUGGGGCCCCUCUUACCAACCUCUGGGCCCAUUCCCAUCUAGAUUCACUGAGAUGUCCUCUGCUUCAGUUCAAGGCCUGACUCCAAGACAGGGCCUUGGCUCGAGCUUCCUGCCACCAGGAGAAGCAGCAGGGAUUGGAGAGCUGCUCCAGCCAGACAGCUUGUACUCGAGCAGGGGACUCUACGCCGAUGACUUACCCUCGUCUGCCAGACCACGUCCAGUGGGCGGGGCUGCAGGAGCCCAGCUUCAUCAUCUCACACAAGUGGGCUUGUCCAGCCGGCUGAAUGGUUACCCAGCAGGAAUCAGGGCGGCUCCGGGGCAGAAUGGGGGCUUAGGCUGGAACCAUUAUCAUGAAGACAAUUUCUCCAGACCAGAAGCAGAAAAAGAUGUAAGGCACAAGUGUGGAACCCGGGAGCCCACAGCACCUCCUUCCCACUUGGACACUUCGGGGGUGGCCUAUCUGACGUCUCCACAACCCCUCAACACAUCCCCUCCCACACACUCCUCCGCAUCCCUGAUCAAGGCCAUCAGAGAGGAGCUGUUGCGUCUGUCCCAGAAACAGGCGUCCGUGUCCAGCUACCACAGCUGAAGCCCCAGCUCUGAAGCUUCAGCUUCUAACCAGUCUGUUCACUGAAUGUUCUGCCUAAUCUGACAAUACUUCCCAUGGAAGUUCCUGAAGCUGCACAGCGGAGGAUUUUUCCUGCUAAACUGCAGUGAAGAGGUGGCUCGUUGACGCUUGUAACUGAUAAAACUCUCAUUGUAGAAACGACGGAACGGUUGGGACAGAAUUAGAGCAAAGUAGUGGAAUUGUUCUGAAAUGAGCAUCAACRUGAGCAGUAUACAGAGUUUCUCUUUUCAUUCUGGAUCAAAGUGCGWUAAAUAUGAGGUUUCACCACUAUAGAUCCACCUGUUUUUAGAUUUCACUGUAUUACUUCAGAAACAGUAUUCUAAGACAUGUUUGUCAUUUUCAGUUGCCUUCACGAACACCUUCUGAGACUUGUGUCAUUUGAAGAAAUGUUUUAGUUUCAUGACUUAAACUGCCAUGGCUGUAUUUUAUUAUUAUUGUUUUUUUACUUUGUUGCAGGUCCUUAACUGCUUUUUUACCAUCAGGUGCUCCUUCUGUUUUCUGUUUUACAUUGACACUGUGAUGUAGUUCACCUGACCGGAUCUGCUGUUCGAGCUCAGUUACAGAUCAAUCAGAUGGUCUAAUGUCAACAAUCGUAACUAAUCUGUAUUUGUUCCUGGAUUACUGCAGUGUAACAGUGUUUGGGUUGUAUUUUGUCAUCUAAUAACUUUAAGUGCAUACUUGUUUUUUUUCAGGUUUAAAGUCCUGUAUUGUAUUAAGUUUUUUAUUUAUGUUUURYAACUAACUGACAGGUACUCAAACGGGACUAAAUGGCCUUGAAUUAAACUUUUCAACUUAAUCUUCAGGACAGGAUUUACAAAUAAAUGACAGCGUGUGCUGUAUAUAGUGAGUAUUUGGCUGUAAUUUGAUGACUACUGGCUCCAGCUCAGGUCGUUCGAAAAGCAGUUAUUUGCAGGAAAGCCUGUAAGAAGACAUUUUUUAAAUAUUGUGUGAAAAACAAAAGGAGAAACGAGAGAAACACCAGAUUUGUGGGAAAAAAAGUUCUGUACUGGCUACGCCGCGUCAGCGUUAUUAUUUUAUUUACAGUAACUCAUUUUUGUGCUUGUUAAGUUGCUGUUUUGCCUCAUGUAGUUACCUUGCACUUCAGUGUUUUUUUUUAGUCAUGUACUUUUUAAAAAUCACAAAAGAAUGCAUUUUUUUAAACAUAGCAGUUUAUUGGCAUAAACUGUAAUAUUUUGGGGCCUAAAUUGUUUAUUUAUUCAAGUGAAAUAAAAUUUUAAAAUGUGA